UUCAUAAAAAUACAAAUGAGACAAACGUGUUGAUUUAAACCAGCACGGACAUGAAAAAUUACUGCUGAAUUAAUUCCAUUGUGACUAACGUGUGUGUGUGUGUGUGUGUGUGUAAGGGGGUGUGGCCUUGCCCGCCUAGACCUGUCUUGGCUGCAGUGUUCAUUGCCCGUCUGGAAGUUAAAGAGCAAACAUGAGCGGACGUGUCGGAGAUUUGAGCCUCAAGCAAGAGGAUGCUUUAGCCCAGUUUCGGGUCAGAAUCCAGGACAUCCUUCCAGACCUUCCGGCUGAGCACAACCACUACUUGCUACGCUGGCUCCGAGCGAGAAGCUUCAAUGUUGCCAAAGCUGAAGCCAUGAUCCGGAAGCACAUUGACUUCAGGAGGAAAAUGAAGGUGGACACUAUCAUCUCCGACUGGACGCCGCCUGAGGUGAUCCAGAAGUACGUGUCCGGCGGCAUGUGCGGCUACGACAAGGAGGGAAGUCCGAUCUGGUACGACGUGAUUGGCCCGCUGGACCCCAAAGGUCUCCUGAUGUCGGCCACCAAGCAGGACCUCAUGAGGACGAAGAUCCGCAACAUCGAGAUCCUGCAGAGGGAGUGUCGGCGCCAGUCCAGCAAGUUGAGCAAGAACGUGGAGUCCAUCACCAUCGUCUACGACUGCGAGGGGCUCGGCCUCAAGCACAUGUGGAAGCCCGCCAUCGAGACCUACGGCGAGAUUCUCACCAUGUUUGAGGAGAACUACCCGGAGGGGCUCAAGAAGGUCUUUCUCAUCAAAGCUCCCAUACUGUUCCCGAUGGCGUACAACCUGAUCAAGCACUUCCUGUGCGAGGAGACGAGACGCAAGCUCGCCGUUCUCGGAGGUAACUGGCAGGAAGUGCUGCGUAAACACGUAGACGCCGAGCAGCUCCCGGUGGCGUACGGCGGAACCCGGACCGACCCGGACGGAGACCCUCUCUGCAGAACCAUGAUCACCUACGGCGGCACGGUGCCGAGGUCGUACUACGUGCGGGACUCCGUCCAGGUCCGGUACGACACCAGCGUCACCAUCAGCCGCGGCGCCGUCCUACAGCUGAACUAUGACGUCGGCGCCCCCUGCAGCCUGCUGAGGUGGCAGUUCUCCAGCGACGGCGCCGACAUCGGAUUUGGCGUCUAUAAACGCACGGCGGCGGGCGGCGAGCAGAAGGUGGCGGCCAUGUUGGAGGUUGUUCCCUGCGAGCGCUACAACGCUCACCUGGUGCCCGAGGACAACGCCAUCACCUGCACCGAGCCUGGAGUGUAUGUGUUGUGUUUCGACAACAGCUACAGCAUCAUCCAGUCCAAGACGGUCAGCUACACGGUGGAGGUGCUCCCUCCUGCGCUCUGACCACCACAGGAGAGGUUCUGAUGCUGCCGGACCGGACCGGACCGCGUCAUUGGUCACCAGCGUUAUCAUUCCAUUGUGAACGUGGACGCUUCAUUAGGUACACCUGCACGGUCUGGAGUCAUUAUCAUUAAAGCAGACGCUGUACCUAAUCAUGUGACCAUACAGUACAUGUUGAAAUGAAACAAUGCACUCAUUACAAUGCAGUAUUUCUCUCUUUACACGACCAGUUUAUUUAAUUACUGUUUUAAUGUGUGACUUCAUUUGGGUCUGAGUAAUAUUUCAUCUCAACAUUUGUCCUAAUAUUGAUGAGUUUGUAAUAAACGUCCACUUGUAAAAUGUGAAUAAUUAUAUGAACAAAACUUGAACAAGUGACACAAGCAAUAAAAACAAUGCAAAUCUGAGAGCAUGUAAUGCAGGUGGAUGACCGCGAGGGGGUGCUAUACUGCAGGCUGUUACAUAGGAUGGUAAAUAUGAUAACUAAGCAGUGAUAAUGGACCACUUUGUCCUUUUAUUGAAAGUCAUCAUGCAGACAGCAAGCUUCAUGGCGUAUAAUCGCCUUACAUAAUAGCAGUGUGGGCAAGAUGGAGGGGGGAGUCUGUCUGACGCAGUGGUCACGUCAUCACUUAAACACCCGGAAGUGUGUUUCACAAACGGCACGCCUGUUAUGUCCCACAAUGCACUGCGAGGAAAUGGCGGCAAGUCUGUAAGUUACCAGUUUUCGAUUUUAUUUUAA